UCGACUGCUCCUUUCUCGAUUCACCGGACUUGCCAGCGGGUGAGCGCUCUCCUCCUCGAUUGGCUUCGUCUUUCAGUGUCUCAUGUGUUUUUGUUUGGAGCGAUGGCAGCGCCCUUGUCAGAGACGCGGAUCACAGCAGCGAAGAAGCCGGCAGGCCGAGGACCCCAGCGACGGGUGGCUAACCAGAUUCCUGCCGAGAUUCUGAAUGACGUGGAACUGCAGGAGGCCGUCAAGGCACUGCCCCAAAACUACAACUUCGAGAUCCCCAAGACAGUGUGGAGGGUGAGGCAGGCCCAGGCCAGGAGAGUCGCUCUCCAGAUGCCGGAGGGACUCCAGAUGUUCGCCUGCGCUGUCGCUGACAUCAUCGAGAGGUUCACUGGUGCCGAGACGCUGGUGAUGGGGGAUGUGACGUAUGGAGCCUGCUGCGUGGAUGACUUCACUGCACGGGCGCUGGGGGCUGACUUCAUGGUGCACUACGGGCACAGCUGUCUAGUCCCGAUCGACUCCACUGCUGGUAUUAAGAUGCUCUACGUUUUCGUGGAUAUCCAGAUAGACGCCUCUCACUUCAUCGAGACUCUGAAAUUCAACUUCGAUCCCGGGGCCUCCAUCGCUCUCGUCAGCACCAUCCAGUUCGUGGCUGCUCUGCAGUCGGCCUGUGCAGAGUUGCGCCCCCAUUUCGAUGUCCUGGUCCCGCAGUGCCGCCCCCUGUCCCCUGGGGAGAUCCUGGGCUGCACCUCCCCCAAACUGGAACGCCCCGUCAGCGCCAUUGUGUAUCUCGGAGACGGACGCUUUCAUCUGGAGUCGAUAAUGAUCGCUAACCCUGACACUCCUGCUUACAGGUAUGAUCCUUACAGCAAGGUGUUCUCGCGGGAGCACUACGACCACGAUGCAAUGCGGGGCACCAGGAAGCAAGCCAUCGAGACGGCCCGGAGCGCACAGAGCUGGGGGCUGAUACUGGGGACGCUGGGCAGGCAGGGGAGCCCCAAGAUACUGGAGCACCUUGAGUCUCGUCUACAGGCCCUCGGUCUCCCGUUCGUUCGAGUGCUGCUCUCUGAAAUCUUCCCCAGCAAACUGGACCUGCUGCAGGACAUCGACGCCUGGGUUCAGAUUGCAUGUCCAAGACUUUCCAUUGACUGGGGGACCGCCUUCUCCAAACCCCUUCUCACCCCCUACGAGGCUGCAGUUGCCCUGAAGGAUGUAGAGUGGCAGCAGACCUACCCGAUGGAUUUCUACUCCAAUCAGAGUCUGGGACCGUGGGCUGUCAAUCACCCAACCAACCAACCCGUGCGACCGAGCAGAAAAUCAGCCCAGCAGGGUAAGCAGGCUGCAGCCCAGUCCACAGAGGGUCCCGGCAAGUCAGAGGAGUGCGCCACCUGCAGGUGCAAAGAGGAAUCGACACAGCCACCGACCAGCCCCCCUGUCACAGCAAGCAGCCAAUGAGAAACAAGACUCCAAACGAACACAGCGCCAGAAUUGCCAUUUGAACCAAAAUCAUCAUUGACUUUUAAUCAGUGUAACAAACCGACUGCUUCAGUGUGGGCUGAAUGUUUACCUGCCCGGACAUCGGAUAUAAAUAAAACAAACAGAAAUCCGAUGCGACCCGCUGGGGUUGUUUUGUAUUCGUCUCCUUCUGCUCUCCGGCCGUUAUUAACCAACAUGCAUGUCUUAAACACGUCACGUUAAUUACAAAACGAAUCAGAUCUGUUCAUUUCCAGAGAAUUUGAACACGCCGUGCAUUGUGUUACCGUAGCUUUUUAAAACUUAAAUAAAUAAAUACAUUUUCAGAAA